AUGGAGCGAUGGUUUAAAACGGGUUCCAUUAAACCGGAGAAUCAACAGCCAUCAACUACUGCUAAAUCAAAAGAGGAAUCUGAACACUGUAUUGAUAAAACUACUUUAGAAUCGACGAUGCCUGAUGUCGAGGUACAGAAAGGGAGUAAAAAACGAAAAUAUUGUGAUUUAUAUUUGGACAUGGGAUUCACUGAGUUUGUUAAUGGACGUCCUCAAUGUGUAAUAAUAUGUAACAAAGUUUUGCCUAAUAGCUCAAUGUUUCCCGCCAAACUUAAACGACAUUUCGAAACUCAUCCUGAUUUCAUGAAUAAAACUACAGAUUAUUUUAAAAGAAAAAGUGAUGAACUCCAUUCAAUUCAGAAAACAUUUGUAUCUCAUGUAAAGACACAUAAUGAGAACGCACUGAAAGCAUCUUACUUAGUAAGUUAUGAACUGGCUCUUGCUGGAAAACCACAUACCCUCGCUGAAACUCUUAUAAAACCACUAUUAGCGAAAGUAGUAAACUGCAUGGUGGACGAAAAAACUGCAAAUUUAAUCUCCAGUGUACCCUUAUCGAAUAAUACUGUGCGUAAUCGAAUUCAGGAUUUAUCACACGAUGUUAAGGAUACCUUAAUUUCUCGUAUUAGUCAAACUAAAUUUUCGUUACAACUAGACGAAUCUACGGACGUUGCCGGAUUAGCUGUGUUAAUGACGUUUGUACGGUACGAGUUAUCAGGUUCUUUUCAUGAAGAUAUUCUGUUCUGUAAACCACUUCCAUCUUCAACCAGCGGAAGUGAAAUUUUUUCUAUGCUUGAUGCCUUUUUCAUUGAAAAUUCAAUACCAUGA